GAAGUCAGCGCUCAGCUCCCCGCACUCGACUGUUCCCUCGUUCCUCUUCCUCCUUCCUCGCUGUCCGUGACGACGAUCUCGUCCUCAUACUCCCGAUCAUGUCCCCCGUCCCGUCGACCUCGCAGCAAGAUCCCCCUGCCAUGAACACGGAGUUGGACGAAGUGGAGCCCCCGCGUCUCCUCCCGGCGAAGUCAUGGCAGCACUUCGUUGCUGGAGGCUUGGGUGGGAUGUGUGGCGCCAUCGUGACCUCGCCGUUCGAUGUGGUCAAGACUCGACUGCAGUCCAGUUUGUUCCACGAGCACGUUAACGUUGGAGGCGGCACAUUAGCCUUGGGAACAGCACCGCGAACGGUACAACGCGGUCUACUAUGGAAUUUUGUCGAGACGGGUCAUAUUCUACGAGACAUAUAUGUCAAGGAAUCACCACGCGCGCUGUUUCGCGGUCUCGGGCCUACACUCGUGGGCGUCAUCCCUGCAAGGAGCAUCAACUUCUUCGCAUAUGGCAACGGCAAACAAAUCAUCGCCCAGAACUUCAACGAUGGCCAGGAAUCCUCCUGGGUGCACCUGACCGCAGCAGCCAUCGCCGGCAUUGCUACCGGAACUGCGACGAACCCAAUCUGGGUUGUGAAGACUCGCUUGCAGCUCAUGCAGAACCAGGGCAAGGAGUCCGGCUCCUUCGCCUCUGGUAGCCUGCGCAUGAUCGGUCGCAUCUUCCGUGAGGAGGGUGUCCGCGGCUUCUACAAGGGUCUCAGUGCCUCGUAUCUCGGUGUGACCGAGGGGACGAUCCAGUGGGUGCUCUACGAGCGCCUGAAGUCCCUCUCGCAGAGUGUCGAUGGGCAGGGUGGUGCGGGGGAGUGGCUGGGAAUGCUCGCGAGCGCGGGCACGGCGAAGUGCGUGGCAAGCUUGAUCACGUAUCCGCACGAGGUAGUCCGCACACGAUUGCGGCAACCAGUACCGGAGAAUGGGAUACCGAAGUACACGGGGCUGCUGCAGACGUUCAAGCUGGUUGUAAAGGAGGAAGGCGUUCGGAGGUUAUAUGGCGGCUUGUCCGCACAUCUCAUGCGAGUGGUCCCCAAUGCCGCCGUGAUGUACAGCAUCUACGAGGGCAUCUUGCGCUGGGGCUCAUAGCCCGACCGUUGGCUUUCACAAUGAUUUACCUUCAAAAGUCACCCGGUGCGGUGGCUCGUCUUUUAGUAUCUUUCUCGGACACGCGAGCCAUCUUUACCGGCCACUAAAUCAUUAGUACCCUCCUACCCAUCUUCAUGCUCACGACUAUAUCCCAGACAUCCUCUGUCGUAGUCUGCUCGUCCGCUCACCCACCCCUUCGACCAGUUGCCUACACACUCAUCUCACUCGUCUCCAUCUGGGUCCCUUCCUAGACUACGCACACAUGUAUCAUAAGCACAUUUAUUCACGAUAGCUACGUACGCACGCUCUGUGCCCAUUUAAUGCAAUCACCACUGUCGAACU